UUCCGUUUCUCCUUGGAGCUUGCGCGAGCGAAGCGCGCCUGUGUAUAUAUUAUAAAAAGCUCUCUCGACUUUGGAGCGCGCGCGCCCGACUCUGUGCAAUAAAUCAAGUAUCAUAAACAUACGCGCACACGGACGGACUCGAUAUACGUGCACAGCAGCAGCUAACAGUGCGUCGAUCGCAUCUCGAGUUUUUGCCGAAAGAGAAAGAGAGAGAGAAGUGCCAGUAGUCUAUUAUUAGGAGGGGUCCAGCGGCGACUGCCGACUUUAACACACACACACACACACGUACACCUACACACUUGCAACAACAACGGCGCAGUUCGAGAUUCGCCACGAGCGCAUAUUAUAGUACAAUACGAGUAUAGAAGUUCGACAGAAAAUCACAUCGACGUCUUUUUCGCGUAAAGCUCAUUGAAUCUCUUACUCUCUCUCUCUCUCUUUCUCUUACGCUUCGAUAUCGUCGUGUACGCGUUUUGUCAUACCAAUCCCCGUGUACAAGUACUCGAGCUUCGGCGAUCGAACGGAAGCUCCAAUGUGUAUAUUACAUAUGUGCAAUUUUAGAGAUCGAUCAACGGGCAACAGCAGCAGCAGCAGCAGCGGCAGAGUCGUCGAGUGUAUAUAACGCGUAAACGAUAUAUAAUACAUACAUACGCGCCAGUCAGUCAGUUUGUGUGCGCGCUUAUGUGCGCGCGGGCGUGUCAGUGUGUGUGCGGUGUCAAGCUUGUGUCAGAAUUUCUCGUGUGUAUAUUAUUAUAACGCAAAGGUGAUGAUAUAAUGUGAGCAAAGCAACAAUCCGACUGUAUUAAUAACUAAAUGUGAUCGUGAUAUCCAAAACCACCACCAAACAUCCGAGGGUUUCCAUCGCCAGCAGCAACCAGCAUCAGGAAGCCGCACCGACGACAACAAAUCGACGUUCGACUCAGCAGCAGCUCCUCAUUUCAUCAUAUUAUAUUAUAUGAAGACACACGUAGUUCAACCGGACAGUCUAAGCAGCAAUAACAACGGCAGCAGCAGUAGCAGCAGCAACACCACCAGCAGCGGUCAUAAUACAGCCGGCACAGCAGCAGCGGCGUUAAAAAUCGAAAAGAUCCUGAGAUCGGAAAAGGCGCCGAAGAAGAAAGAACGCAGUAGGAACAUUGGCUGUGCAUUCAUUAAAUUUGCAUCCUAUCAAGAAGCACAAAGUGCAAUAAAUUCAUUGCACGGAAGUCAAACUAUGCCGGGAGCUUCUUCGAGUCUCGUAGUCAAAUUCGCGGAUAAUGAAAAGGACCGACAACUGAGACGCAUGCAACAAAUGGCCGGAAACAUGAGUUUGAUCAAUCCCUUCGUUUUUAAUCAGUUCGGCCCGUACGGAGCUUACGCGCAGCAACAAGCUGCUUUGAUGGCCGCCGCGACGGCGCAAGGAGCUUACAUCGGACCCAUGGCUGCGCUGGCUGCUGGCCAGCUUCCACACGCUCUCAAUGGCCUGCCCAACGCCGUUGUACCUCCGAGCACCGCUGCCGCGGCGGGUCAAACGGUGAACGGCGCCAUACCGUCCCUGCCGUCGCCGACGAUGCCCAACUUCAACAUGGCAGCGCAGCCGCCCAACGGCCAGCCCGCCUCCGAUGCGGGCGUGUUCGCCAACGGGCUACCUCAGACGUUUCCGGGCCCCCCGACUUUACCGAACGGCGAGGCGGCGCUGUCGCACGCCACCGGCGGUUACGCGCCCAUGUCCGCGUACCACAGCGUCGCGUAUCCAACCGUCUACGGUCAGUUUCCUCAAGCCCUCGCGCAACCGCUGGCAGCGGUGGCUCCUCAACAAAGAGAAGGUUGCUCCAUAUCGGGACCGGAGGGCUGCAACCUGUUCAUCUAUCACCUGCCCCAGGAAUUCGGCGACGGCGAGCUCAUGCAAAUGUUCAUUCCGUUUGGGAACGUCAUCUCGUCUAAAGUAUUUAUUGAUCGUGCCACUAACCAGAGUAAAUGUUUCGGAUUCGUAUCCUUCGACAAUCAAGCAUCUGCACAAGCAGCGAUACAAGCAAUGAACGGUUUUCAAAUUGGAAUGAAACGACUGAAAGUACAAUUAAAAAGGCCAAAAGAUGCAAGCAGACCCUAUUAACCUAUAUUAUCACUAAACUGAUUGAAAAUUAGCCAUAUAAUCCUAGAUAAAAAUGUGAGUAGCCAUUGAUUUGGAAUAUAAAUGUGUGAACGAGACUCAAGAAGCUCUCGGGAGCAAACCACGUAACUCUCAUCCAUUUUUUCUCGUAGAUAUGAUCAUAAACAAAACAAAAAAAACAUAAGUCCAGUGGUCGCUCAAACAUGUUACGCAUUAUAAAAAUAUGUUUCGAGAUCGCCACCACAAAUCCUUCAGACUGUUGAAGACUAGCAAUUAGAUAGAUAAUUUUUUAGGGGUAACGGACAAAAAAAUAUAAAUUGACUUCAUUGUAAGAAAUAGUUCCACUAUAAACAGAACAAAACAAAAUAAUGAACUGAGAGAAGAAAACCCUACGCUUUGCUGACAAAAGACUUUUUUUGAAGCAAAACAAAAAAAAA